GGUCUCGCACUGGUAAGAAGUUGAGAAGGCUUAAAAUUUAUCGCGCUCUCUAGCGAAUCGCAUCGUGUAUUGGUUCUAACACUCGCGCUGUCGUUGCGAUCAAACUUUACCGGUUCGUGACAGUCCAACCACGAAAGCGAGAGUCAGCCGAUGGCGUCUGCAUCUGAUGGAUAAGGUUCUUCUGUUGCAGCUUUUUGCGGUUCGCGGAAUGUACUAUACGCUACGCACUAAUAUAACGUCGCUCGCUUAGUAAUAAUUUUAUCUUUCGUAACCACAACGUAGCAUUAGGUUGAUAAGAUUACAUUCCCAGUUUUUCGUGAUUCACUCAAACAUUGGCUAUUGAUGGGGAAGUUUGUGUGAUUGGAACCAACUUUGCACCGAAGCUUUUUGUUGGAUAACUGAAGGCGAAAAUUUUAACCGACCAUGGUCAAGGAUCGUUUGAGCGAGCUGAAAAGUGUAGCGAAGCAAAUACAGCAGCGAUGUCAGCUUGGAUUUGGUACCCUCGAAGUCGCAGGAGGAAAUAUUCUGCAACUUGGAAAAGAGCUCACCAGAUGGAUACGAACGAUUCGGGACAAUAUCGAAGAGAUGCAACGGACCGUGUCGACACCCUCAUUCCACUACAAUGACAAAGUGAUUCGCGGGAAGGUUGAAAAAAAGAUGGAUCAAAAUAUCGAACUGUGCAAACACAUUCACGCUGCAAUAAAGCAGCUCCACACGGACCUGGAACAGGAAGAGCACCGGGGGAGUGCUCUGUUCCGGAUAAAGCACACGCAGUUUAUUGUUAUCAAAGAUGACUAUUUGAGUGCGUAUCGGGAGCACGAAGACUUUGUCAACUACUAUGAGGAUAAAAUUAAGAACCUAAUGAAGAAAGAAGCUAAAACAAUGAGCUAUAACAUCACAGACGAUGAGGCAUCGGCGAUGCUGGCCAGCAAUCACACAUCCCCGUUUGUCGGAAAUAUCUUAGAGGAAACUGAACGUGAGCGACAAAAGCUACGGGAUAUAAUAUUCCGCCAUUCCCAGCUGGCCGAGCUGGAGAAAUCACUCGUUGAUAUUCGAGACUUGUUCGUGCGGAUAUCGACACUGGUCAUGGAGCAGGGUAGUUUGGUUCAGGUUAUCGAAUACCACGCCCAGCAGGCCACGCUGAACACCGAUCACGGUGCUCAUCAGCUUGAAAAGGCACGAAUAUACAAGCUGAAGGCAAUGAAGAAGAAAACCUGCAUAAUCAUUUGGGUGGUGAUUAUCCUCUCGGUUCUAGUACUGCUUAUGAUAAUAUUUUAGAAAUAAAUAAUGGAAAAUAAACAGCUCGAACGAACACCUUCAUGUAGAUAAUUGCAGGAAUGAGGAACGCCUUACAGUAGACUAUCGUUAUAUACGUUACCUAUUCAAGAAUGCCACUGAUAGGAUAGACUAGUAUUGUAUUUUUGCGAGGGAUUUCACAUUAGGAGUACCCGAAAUCGAACAAUAAACGGGGUGGUAACGUGACA